UGUCCGCUGGCGGUUGGAGCCGUGAAGUAUGGAGGGAGACUGGCCACUGACAGCGUUUCCUCACUACCAACCCUCCUGAGUGAGUGAGCCGGGUCAUGGCUGAGCCUCGGGGGCUACCAGCCCCCCUCUUGUUAGCCAUACUGUUGCUGGGCGUAAGGCAGUGUGCUGUUAGCACAGUGACUAUCCCAGAAACAUUACUCUUUAUAUCAACACUCGAUGGGAACCUGCAUGCUGUCAGUAAACGAACUGGAGAAAUCAAGUGGACCUUAAAAGAAGAUCCCAUCAUUCAAGUUCCAGUUUAUGUUGCUGAGCCAGCAUUUCUUCCAGAUCCAAAUGAUGGCAGCCUUUAUGUCAUGGGAGGGGCAACCAAAGAGGGUCUAAUGAAACUACCUUUCACCAUCCCUGAAUUGGUCCAUUCCUCUCCAUGUCGAAGUUCUGAUGGAAUAUUGUACACAGGUAAGAAGCAGGACUUGUGGUUUGUUGUGGAUCCCACAACUGGAGAAAAGCAGACUACAUUGACCACUGAUAUGUCAGAGAACAUUUGUCCAUCAGCCCCCCUCCUGUACAUUGGACGCACGGAGUAUAUGAUUACUAUGUAUGACACCAAGACUCGAGAACUUUACUGGAAUGCUACUUAUUAUGACUAUUCCGCUCCUUUAUGCAAUGAGAAUACAGACUACAAAAUGGCUCAUUUUGCAUCAAAUGGGGAUGGUUUGGUGGUGACAGUAGACAGGGAGUCAGGUGACGUUCUUUGGAUGCAGAACUACGGCUCUCCAGUGGUGGGGAUGUUCAUUUGGCAACAGGACAGCCUGCGGCGGAUACUUCAUCUCAAUGUUGCCAUGGAAACUCUGCGGUAUCUCACUUUCAACUCUCAAGACAUCCGAAUGAUAAAGUGGAAGUACCAGUUCCCUAAAGAACCGUCCACCACGAAAACUCAACUGGUACCCACACUUUAUGUUGGGAAACAUGCAUCUGCUUUCUAUGCCUCAUCAUCACUUGUCCAUGAAGGUGUUGCUGUAGUGCCGCGUGGAAUCACUAUUGCCCGUGUUGAUGGUCCCAUGACCGAUGAUGUCACUGUGGGGGAGGAAGGUGCAUGUGAAAGAACUCCAAGCACAAGUGUCAAAUAUCCACAAGGGAGUAUCCUAUCGUCUGGAAAUGACAAGAAUCAAUGGUUGUUCAUAGGUCACCAUGAGCUGCCACCAGUAGCACAUACCACCAUCCUGAGGGCAUUUCCAGAUCCAUUGAAGAAGAAUGAAGAGACUGUCAUCACCACAAAGACUAACACCAGGACUCUUGAUGAAUUUAUGAUGCAUUCAGACCAGAUGCACUCGAAAACAUUUGAUGAAAGUUAUCGGAUGGACAGUGACAUAAAGCAGGAGGCUGCAAGUGAGAUUGUGCCUGAAUCAGGAAACCACGACAUCUUGACUGUGGCCAUAUUCACUGUGCUAGUAGGAGGAUGGAUGGUGUUUCUAAUUAUAUAUCCAAAAAAAAUGCACCAACAGCAGAAACUACAUCAGCAACAGCUGGAACAAAACCUGGAAGAGAAAUUCCAGCUGCUUCAGCAGGAGCCCCCACAAUCUGCCGACCAGCUCAGGGCAGACUUCCCAGAAUUCUCAGAAGAUGCAGCUCAGGUCUCCCAAAAAGAUCCACAGGGAUCCAACUCCUCCACCCAAGACAGGAACAGCCAAUCCUCAGAGCAGCGUGCCUACAUUUUGCAAAAUGGCACUACCUGUUAUGAUGAAAUUGUUGCUGAUAAUGGAACCAACUUGGUUACCGUAGGAAAGAUUUCCUUCAAGCCAAAAGAUGUGUUGGGUCAUGGAGCUGAGGGAACAUUUGUGUUCCGAGGCAGCUUUGAUAAUCGUAAUGUUGCUGUGAAAAGGAUUCUCCCUGAAUGUUUCAAUUUUGCUGACCGUGAAGUUCAGCUCCUUCGUGAAUCUGAUGAGCAUCCCAAUGUCAUUCGCUAUUUCUGCACCGAAAGAGACAAGCAGUUCUACUAUAUCGCAAUUGAGCUUUGCACUGCCACACUGCAGGAGUAUGUGGAAGAUUCCAAGUUUGACCGCGUUAAUCUGGAUCCGGUAACUGCACUUUUUCAGACCAUGUCUGGUCUGGCUCACCUGCAUUCCCUCAAUAUUGUCCAUCGAGAUUUGAAACCACGCAACAUCCUUAUCUCUCUGCCAAACUCUCAUGGGAAGGUGAGGGCAGUAAUCUCUGAUUUUGGCCUGUGUAAAAAGCUCUCUGUUGGGCAUCACAGUUUCAGCCUGCGGUCUGGCAUACCUGGAACAGAGGGCUGGAUCGCACCAGAAGUCUUAAGAGAGGAGCCUAAAGAUAAGCCUACAUAUGCAAUUGACAUUUUCUCAGCGGGCUGUGUCUUCUACUACGCUAUUUCAGAGGGGAAACAUCCAUUUGGCGAUCCUUUGAGACGGCAGAGCAAUAUUUCACUUGGAAAAUAUAAUUUACAGCACUUUGAGCAAGAGGUAUAUGAGAAUGUUGUGGGUAGACACUUAAUUGAACAGAUGAUCAGUGAGGACCCAAAACAGCGGCCCUCAGCUCAGUGUGUCCUGAAACAUCCCUUCUUCUGGACUAAAGAAAAGCAGCUUCAGUUUUUUCAGGAUGUCAGCGACCGGAUAGAAAAGGAACCAUUAGAAGGGCCAAUAGUUGGUGGAUUGGAGUGCAAUGGCAGCAUGGUGGUGAGGACUAAUUGGAGGAUGCACAUCUCCAUCCCUCUACAAACAGAUUUGAGAAAGUUUCGGACAUACAAAGGAAAUUCUGUGCGAGACCUACUCCGAGCCAUGAGAAAUAAGAAACAUCACUAUCAUGAAUUGCCCCCAGAGGUACAGGAGACACUGGGAGACGUACCUGACCAGUUUGUGCAGUACUUUACAUUUCGAUUCCCAAACUUGCUGUUGCACACUUACAAUGCAAUGCAGAUAUGCAGCCAUGAGAGGCUUUUUCACCCAUACUAUCAUCAGGGAGUUGGAGACGAGGAAAAAUUAACUACUGUACUUGCCUGCACUUCAACUGUGCCAACAUAAAAAACUUUCUAACCCCAGGAACCCCACGGAUAUGCUUGUGGUAUCCUGUGAAACUAAGAGAACUGCUCUUCACAUUGGGAUUUGUCAUGUAGAGAACAAGACAGCAUCCUCGGAGAACAGGAGAAUUAACUUAAAUCACUGCACUGACGUAAGUUUAUGUUUGGAACUCUACAUCCCACAACAGAACAAACUGCUUUACUGCACUUCGUUGGCAAGAUUGGACUGGAAGCCAAAACAUCCCUGCUGAUAUUUCCACUCAGUGUGGUGUACAACCAGACAAAUGGACUGUCCUGCAGGGAGAUGGGGAAUUAAGACAUAAUGGGGAGAGAAGUGAUCUAUUAACAUUGCUGCAUCACUUAACAGUGAUGUCACUACUGCGGAAGCAAAAGUGUUUCUCUAUUAAGGAGGGUUCUGUGCUGUUGGCAUUGUCAGGACUAUUAUUCAUAAAUGAACUGAAUUGACUCAUCAACAUGUUUGUGUCAUACACAUAAUCACUGACCAUUGCAGAAGACUAGAGGGCAGCAGCUAAAGAUAUCUGAACAAGUUUAUAUGUAGCUGUAAUUUUGUUGUAUAAGAAUGGUUUCACUAGUAACAAAAAACAAUGACAAUUUACUUGGUAAGAUUCCUGCUUUGUCACUAAUCCAAGAAGGUGAGAAACAUGGUAGAAUCCCAACAACAACCUGCACUAUGUUGAAACAAUUGAUUCUGGAAAUGUCAUCAGUGCGCUUGUGAAGAAUCUGCUGUUUGUGACAAUGUUAUGAAGGUUUAUAGUGUAAUGUUGCUGCAGCAUGAUUUUAUUACGAAUGAUUGGAUAAAUCUUUUCUACAGAGAUUAUUUUCAUAUUGAGUAAUUAAUGUAAUGUAUUUUUUGAAAAAAAAAAUUUUAAUUUUAUUUGAACAACCAAAGUGACUUUUCACGUCAGUAAAUACAUGGUUGCCCCUUCACGUGGGUAGGAAUCACUGUCAUCAUUUACCCCUCUCUACUGAAGCCAGUGCUGUUUUGCUGAGUUACACUGAAAGGAGGGGUAGUAAUGUGGUGGGUAGUUGAUAGUGAUGGAGGGCAGGAACAACAGGUCUCAGGACCACUGCUGUCUCCCAGCUAAGUCUGCGUAAAUCCCUUUACCUGCCAGUUUCUAAACUCAACUACUCAUUCCUUCUGUCAGCACAUCAGUGGAGGGCCAUGCAUUAUUUGGCUUCAUAAUUGAGCAAAUUCAGAGAUACUUUCUGUAGGCUCUAUGCAUUGUCUACACAGUGAAGCAGGACAUAAUUUAAAAUGAGCACUGCACAAUUGGGAGUGAACAUUCUUAUGUCUAAUAUUUGGAUGUUUGACCAUAUCAAUUUUUUUGGAGGGAGAAAAACCAGGAACCCUAUAACCUACACUGCAGCUGGUAUGUGUGAUCCUGUAUAAUGUACAUGGUUAAGAUUUUUAAAAUAUCAAUAGAAAGAUAAAUGGCACAGAAAGGUCCAUUCAAAUUCCAUCUUCCAGCGCUUGAGCCUCUUGGACUGUAGCCAUGAGGGUUAUAGCACUUCAGGUGCAUAGUCAAGCAUUUUUCGAUGCAAUUAAAGUUUCUAUCUUGAUCAACCUUUUAGGUAAUAAGUUCUAAAUCCGUUACAUCCACUGGGUGAAAAUAUUAUCAAUUCCUUCAGCCAAUUAUUUUUAAAUUGUGCUAUGCCUUGUGCUUGUUGAUCUCUGCUAAUGGAAAUAGGUGAUGGUAUCUUUGGUGUAUUCUUAAAAUGCAUUUGAAAAAUCAAACUGCUAAAGAUUUGAGGUGAAUUAAAAAUGGUUUGCUACGGAUAAAUUGUAGGAGUAGUUGCAUUAAGAACUUAAUAAAACACUGGGAAUUUGAUGUGCAAUAUAUUUAGUCUUAGAUACAAAUUAUUAAGAUAACCAUGGUUAUCUCAACUCAUCAUUUCAACUUGCUAGCUGCUUUGCAGAAAAAUUCUCCACAUUGACAUUAGAAGAGUGUUUGACAUCUGCUGUUUGGAUUUCUUUCACAGUUGACUUUUGAGCCAUCAGUUCUCAAUGCACCUGUAGCACCUAGUGUGUUUACACCACUAUUUUCCAGCUAUGCUUUAUGCACAUUAGUUUCUCACUCAGUUGCACAGGCUGGGUGGUUUGCGAUCUUAGGAAUUAGCUGUCCACCUCAACAACUUGGAUAAGUUCAUUAGUCACUGUGACUGCUUGGGUGCCUGAAACCCUUUACGCAAAGGGUUUCAAUAAUCUGCCCACUACUGCCACUAAGGGCAUGAUCUAUUACAGCUGUGUAUCCUGCUCCAUUCAGACAGAUGUUUUAUAAAAGAGCAAAUAGUUAAACGUGGGUAUUGAGUUUUUUGUUUUACAAGUAACACUGACUGUAUAGAAGCUCUCUUUACUAUGCAGGAAGCAGAAUUGUGGCACAUGAUUUUGUUAAAUGAAGUUCACCUUCCUGUAUCCUUUAAUUUCUUGGAUUGUACAGUUUAUAUUGUAAAUAUGAUUAAAAACUUUUGUAUUGGAAAGUAAAAAGGAUAAAAUAAAAUUCCUAAA